AUGGGACGUGCUCCAAUUCUGCUUGUCAAUGAGAUAACCUACCCGAUCCUGGCGGCGUUUGGCAUCCCAGCGAACGUGCUGACGGCUGCGAUUAUGUACCGGGGAAAGUGCGGUCUCUCCAGAGGAAUCACGCGUUACAUGAUGGCGAUGGCGAUCUCCGACCUGCUCGUGAUCAUCUUUCACGUGCUAAUCAAAAAGCUGUACAUUGACUAUUACCCUAACUCAUUUCUGUCCCGCAGCACAGUGUGUCCUUCUAAUAUUUACCUGCGGAUCGUCACUCUAGACUAUUCGGUCUGGUUAACCGUGUCCUUCACCUUUGACCGUUUUGUCAGCAUUUGUUGUCAGAAGCUGAGACUUGCAUAUUGCACGGAGAGGACGGCAGCCGUGGUUAUUUUGUCCUUGUGCGCGUUGAGCUGCCUAAAGUUCAUCCCCUUUCAUUUUAUGUACGAACCACUCAGCAGUAAAGAUAACUUGAACUGGGGGUGUCGGCCCAAAGCGGCCUUCUUCAGUUCGAUUUGGUGGGUAGUUUUCUCUUGGAUGUGCAGCAUUUCGGUCUCCUUACUUCCAUUCGGUCUAAUCCUGAUCCUUAACGGGCUGACGGUCAGGAACAUCGUAGCGGCCAGCAGAGUACGUCGGCACCUGAAGGGACAGGGUGGCAAGGACAGUGAGGUGGAGAAUCGGCGCAAGUCCAUCGUCUUACUAUUCUCUGUGUCUGGCACUUACAUACUGCUGUGGACAACAUCAACUGUGGUUUUCAUCUGUACUCGAGUCACUGUUAGUUUCGUGGACGGGGACUACACAAACCCUUCUUCCAUCGCGCAUGAGGUGGGGGUCUUACUCAUGAUCCUCAGCUCCUGCGCCAACACGUGCAUCUAUGGAAUGACCCAGAGUAGGUUCAGACAGGAGGUGAAGAACGCGCUUAAAUGUUCAACUGCAUUUAUUAGUAAACCCAUGAAACUGGCGCUGCAGAGGGCCUAG